CUCUACCUUUCAGAGUCCCAGGAGUGCAAGGCUGGGAGGGGAAGCACAGACCCAGCUGGCUCAGCCCUUCGAACCAACCUCUCAUUCGAGGUUGGUGAUUUAUCACUCCCCGUGAACGGCUGUCGCUUGUAGCUCAGCGCGACUGGGAUGUUCUUCCCCUGAGCACGGCCAGGACUACCCACCCCUGCGGGACGGGGAAUUCUGUGCCUACGCACCCUGGCUCCGUCCCUGCCUCACUGCCCUCCGCCGGAAAGGCUUUCCCGGGGUCCUCCGCCGCUUCCCCUCCCCGCGGGACCCUCAGUUGCUUUCCUCUCCUUGCUCCGAGACCCCUCAAGGAGCAGACUCCGCUGCCCCACGACCCCUCCUCGCACCAGGGCGGAGGUCCGCGGUCCUACUUCUUGCAGCCACCGACCGCCAAGGGUGCGUUGCCGCCGGCGCUGCCCGGGGGAGGGCCCCCGCCGCCUCCCGACCGCGAACGGCUCGGCCCCCGCCUGCCCACGCGGGGCGGCUCCGGGCGGCGGCAACAGCACAGAACCGCGGCAGCCUCCCGCGGGUCGGGCGGCAGCAGGAUGGGGCUGGAACUGUACCUGGACCUGCUCUCGCAGCCCUGCCGCUCCAUCUACAUCUUCGCCCGGACCAACAACAUCCCCUUCGAGUUCAAGCACGUGGAGCUCUUCAAAGAAUCGGUGCUGGGGAAGAAGCCGGCGGCGGGGAGUGGCGCGGAGCAGCCCCAUGCAGGGCCAUCAAACUGUGAGGGAGCUGGCAAAGUCAGCCUCCUGAAGAAGGUACCAGCACUGAAGGACGGAGACUUCACCCUAGCAGAAUGCACAGCCAUUCUGCUGUAUCUGAGUCGGAAGUACAACACUCCUGACCACUGGUACCCAGCAGACAUCCAGAAACGGGCCCAGGUGGAUGAGUACCUCUCGUGGCAUCAUGCCAACAUCCGGGCCAGUGCUCCCAAGACCAUGUGGAUCAAGGUGCUGAUUCCCCUGUUCACGGGGCAGGCGCUGCCCUCCGAGAAGCUGCAGGAGGUUAUGGAGGGGCUGUCCAGCUCCCUGAAGCAGCUGGAGGAGAGGUUUCUGCAGGACAAGGCUUUCAUCAUCGGGAGCGAGAUCUCCCUGGCGGAUCUCGUGGCCAUUGUGGAGCUGAUGCAGCCUGUCGGAGUCGGUUGUGACGUCUUUGAAGACAGACCGAGGCUGAUGCAGUGGCGCAGGAGGGUGGAGGACGCUGUGGGGAAGGAGCUUUUCUUUCAAGCCCAUGAGAUGAUUCUGAACAUCAAAGAACUGAGCAACAUUCAGAUUGACCCAGGGCUGAAAGAGCACCUAGCACCUGUGCUGAUGAAGAUGUUGAAAUGAAUUGAGCUACCUUUCCA